GAGCACUAUGCUUUGAUUGCUUUCCCAUGAAGAAAAAAUAUUAUUUUAAUGGAAGCUUAGUGUCUUCUUCGUCAUUCAUGUUCAAAAGCGUAUAUAAAUACUCAGGGAAUUACAAACACGUAUUUAGAGACAUUAGAGAGAGAGAGAGAGAGAAUGGCUUCAGUCGAUGUAUUUACCAUGGAUGAGCACGUCAGAACGGCUCAUCCGCCGUUUGAUGACAGCGGUUACGGCGGAUACGCGCCACCGUUCCAAUCAGCGGGGGAAUUUCCGGGAGAGUACGAUGAAGUGGCAGUUGAGCACUUUCCUCAAUCCGUCCACAGCCCCAAUCCCUAUGGAUUCGGGUCGGAUCCGCACCCAUCUUUCGGAUCCUCUACCGUUCCGGUUUCAAACGGCAAUGGAAAUCCAUAUGAUCUCGGAGAAGAUUCCGCCGGAAUAUUCAUCUCUGAUGGCCCGGUGCUUCCUCCUCCGAAUGAAAUGCAUGAAGCGGGCUUUGCCCUGCGUGAAUGGCGAAGGCAAAAUGCAAUUCGGCUUGAAGAGAAGGAAAAGAAAGAAAAGGAAACCAGAAACCAGAUUAUUGAAGAAGGGGAAGAGUAUAAGGAAUCUUUCUAUGAGAAAAGAAAGCUCAAUAUUGAGACUAAUAAGACAAAUAACAAGGAGAAGGAGAAGUCAUACCUGGGGAAUCAAGAGAAGUUCCAUAAAGAAGCUGAUAAACAGUAUUGGAAGGCCAUAGCUGAACUGAUUCCUAACGAGGUGCCCAAUAUCGAGCAGAAGGGGAGAAAGAAGGAUGAAGAGAAGAAGCCAUCUGUUUCGGUGAUCCAAGGGCCGAAACCAGGAAAACCUACUGAGCUUUCAAGGAUGCGCCAAAUACUGGUGAAGCUUAAGCAUAACCCGCCCCCUCACAUGCUCGCUUUGGCUAAGGAUUCUAAAGAUUCAGCUCCCACAUUAGAAGAUCCUGCAACCAUUGCCAUUGAUCAACCUUCAAGCUAAGCAUCUACUUAUCCAUUUGAUUGGUACUUCAUUAAUCAAUGUCCUCAUGCCACAUCUUUUCUGAAUUUUGUAGCACUUUGGGUUUCAACUUUCAAUGAUUGGUAUUGGUCUCAUUCUACGAUUCUAUUGAUUAUAGGUCAUUACUAGCUGCAUUCUCUCAUUCAGAUCGCAAAGGUUGUCUUUUACUAUUCAUAUUUAUUUGUUUGUGGAAUUGAGGUUCAUCUUACAAUUCUACUAGCUUCAACUGUCUCAAUAUGCAAUUGAUUGUAUUAUUCCAUUGACCUAA